AGAAGCAGUUGUUAAUGUGUAGGAUAGUUCUACUUGGUUUUUAAAGGCGCUCACCUUUUUCCAUGGCUCCAGUACCAUCUUAUACUUAUCCAUGUGGUAAUCUUAACAUUUUUUUUAUUCCUACCUUUGUUUCUGUGAUAAUAAUUCAGAAGUUUGCAAAGGUGGAGUUGAGGUCACUGUUUGGGAACUUCCAAAUCAAUAAUAUCCUCAGGAUGAUAGCCGGAAAACGAUUCUAUGGAGACGGAGCAGAGCAAGACGACGAUUCAAAACGCGUGAGGCAGUUGGUUGACGAAGCAGUAUCAAGUGCUGGUGUAGGACACGCCUCUGACUAUCUUCCUCUCCUCCGUUGGGUUACUAGUUAUGAGAGAAGGGUCAAGAAGUUGGCGGUUCGGGUGGACGAGUUUCUUCAAGGACUUGUAGAGGAGAAACGUUCACAAAAAGAAAAGGGUAACACUAUGAUUGAUCACUUGCUUUCUCUCCAAAAAACUCAACCUGAUAAUUAUACGGAUGUCACCGUCAAAGGACUAAUAGUUGUACCAAGAACCUUGGAAUGGGCGAUGUUGAACUUGUUGAACCAUCCAGAAGUAUUAAAGAAAGCAAAGAUUGAAAUCGAUACCAAAAUUGGUUUAGACCGGUUAAUGGAUGAACCAGAUGCUUUGAAUCUUCCUUACCUCCAAUGUAUCGUAUCAGAGAUUUUUCGACUUUACCCGGCAGCUCCGUUACCUCCACGUAAGGCGACAGAUGAUUGCAUAGUUGGAGGCUACAACUUCCAGCGUGGCACGACGGUAAUGGCAAAUGUAUGGGCCAUUCACCGAGACCCUGAUAUAUGGGAAGAGCCAGAAAAAUUUAAGCCAGAGCGGUUCGAGAAGAAAGGAGAAGAUAAAAAGUUGAUAACGUUUGGGAUGGGACGAAGGGCUUGUCCGGGGUCUGGGCUAGCUCAGCGGGUACUGCGGUUGGCUCUAGGGUCGAUGAUUCAGUGUUCUGAAUGGGAGAGAGUUGGAGAAGAAUAUGUUGACACUACCGAAGCAACCACAAUGCUUCCAGCGACACCUUUACUAGCCAUGUGUAGAGCUCGCCCUAUUGUUCAUAAGAUUCUAAAUGCUUAACACUCUUUUCUUUGUCUUUUUAUAUCCAUUUAAUAAAAAUAAAUGGGUAGUAAAAUGACAUUUAUGCUAUAUUACUUAAUAAAUGGCACUAACGCGUCAAGUUAGCUUUUUUAUUAUUUGGUUAAUAUUUUGAAAUAUGGGCUAUUCUAAUGAAUUUUUUUUUUGCUUAAAAAAUGAAAAAUUUAUUGAAAUGGUAAGACUGAUGAGUGUUCACGUAGUAAGUGUUUGUGAACAACAUACGGAAG